UCAUUGUUUUACAGAUACUGGUGACACCAGGUUUCAUUUUUGACAAUCCCUCAAUUUGAAUAUUAGAAAUGAUCUAGAAAUUUACCUUUUCAAACAAUAAAUUCCUUACACAGCGGGAGGCCGAUGGCGAUAUAAUUGAUCACGCUCAUUUAUAACAAGGAAAUAGGUUAUAUAAUCUCUUCCUAAAAAAAUUUGCUGCUCCUGAGUUCAAAAAUAAGUCUUUUGUUAUUUAUAUUUGCCUAAUAUAUACACACUGACCUAACUAGCAAUAUUAUUUUCCAAGCUAAUGUGUUUAUGAAACGGAUUUUAUCAAACAAAGAACUUUAUUUCCCUGGCAUUUAAUUAUUAUAUAAUGAGAAAUUCCAUGGAUAGCAUUAAAAUUGUUUUAUAAAUACUGCUCUUUCAUACAUCAUCUUUGAACCUGUUUGUAAUCUUGGCAACAAAACUUGUCAGCUAAAUUUAUCACUGGUGUAUUAAUAACGAAGAAAUCUAAGAAUGAGUAAUCAAGAUAGCGUUGGUGUUAGCAUAAAUGAAAAUGUGGAAAAAGAAAAGAGUAGUGAACAAAAAUUAAGUAUCAUUUUGAGAAUAAAAAUAUUCCUACUACGUAAUCUGUUUCCUUUUGGUAUUGUGUUAUCGGUAAUUUUUGGUAUAGCCCUUCCUCAACCGGCAGUUUACUUGAAUGAAAAGAUUCCUCUUGGAACAAUUUGUGUCGUUUGCUUAUUUACAACGAUAGGAUUGCGUUUACGGAUCAGCGAAGCAAAGUCUGCAAUCAAGUCGUACAAAGAAAUUGUGAUUGGAUUGAUUUUAAUCUUAUUUCUUGUACCGUUUUCCGUCGUGAAUAGCUUGAAUAAAAUUCCUUAUUUUUCUGCAUUAAUUGGACAACAAACAAACUCCAGAAAUGCUUCAAACAUGAGCAGUUAUGAAAUGAAGAUUUUGGGACCUGAAGAAUUUCGAAUUGGUUUACAAAUUUAUUUCAUGUCACCAUCAGCCCCUGCAUCAUCACUCAUUUUGGUUACUGCUGCAAAUGCUCAUCGUGGAUUGUGCGCUAUGUUAUCAACUCUUGGUGUAUUUAUAUCAAUCUUUACAAUGUCUUCAACACUUUCAUUGUUUUUACCGACAUUAAAUGCUCAGUUAUCUGUUACUAAUUUAUUAAUCAGAAACGUUUUGCAAAUUCUUAUUCCUUUGGUGGUUGGAAGAUCAGUGCGUUCAAUUCCUGUAGCGCGAAAAAUCAUUAAGUCCUGGAAUGAUGCCUUGAAAUAUGUAGAAAUAACUUGCAUAAUACUUCUCCUUCAUGUCAGAAUCAGUGAGACCAGUAACAGUGGACAUUUUGAAAAAGUUGCACUUCUAAAUGUUUUUUGUGUCUUGUGUUUACAAGUGCUUUUAUUUUGAUUAUUUUGAUAACAACCUAUGCGUCUCUUUUAUCAUUGCCUUUCGUUCCAAAAAAAACAAACAUAACACUGUGUGUUUUGAACUGUCUUCGAGUUGUUGGUAUGUCAGCAUCAAUAGUUGAUUCAUUGCCACCAGAAGUGGGAGAUAAAGGUUUGAUUAUCUUACCGAUGGGUUUUAUUUGCAUAACAGCUCUAUGGUUGUUGAAUGCAUUUGUAUAUUUUGUGAAGAUUGAAGAAAAGGAAAACGAGAAAUUUGAUAAAGAGAUGAAAGAUGAACCAAAUAAAUCAGUCAACAGUUCUGCAUUUACCAUGUAUACUGAUUAUGAGAUUUGAUAUAACUGUUCACAUGUUACGUAAAAUUUAGCCAUUUUUAUAAAAGUAGUUAAAUCAGAAUAUGUUUAUACGGACAAUAUUAAACUCUUGAGCAGACCACAAAACUCGAUUUCUUAUCGCUAACUAGUUAUUCGUAUGUAUUGAAUGUUUUACUGUGUUAUUAUUCUAUAUUUUUUGUCAUUACGAAGGAAAAAUUUAUUCAUCGAAAAAAAAUCAAA